GGUGACGUCAGCUGGAGGGGGCGGGGCUUGCGUGAGGGGAGGUGGGGAGGGGGCGGGCGGGGGUCCCCCCGUCGCCAUGGAGGGCGGCCGCCUGCCCAUCCGCCGCUACCGGCGGGCGCUGGUGGAGGCGGUGAGCCGGCAGCCCUUCCUCAUCGUCACCGGCGAGACGGGCAGCGGCAAGAGCACGCAGCUGCCCCGGUACCUCUUCGAGGCAGGCCUGGCCGAGCACGGGGCCAUCGGUGUCACCCAGCCCCGGCGCGUUGCCACCGUGUCGGUGGCGCAGCGGGUGGCCGAGGAGCUGGGCUGUGCACUGGGCACCGUCGUGGGCUACCAGGUGCGCUUCGACGACUGCUCCUCACAGGAUACUGCCAUCAAGUACAUGACGGAUGGCUGCUUGUUGAGGCAUAUAUUGGCUGACCCCCUUCUCAGCAAGUACAGCAUCAUCAUUCUGGAUGAAGCUCACGAGCGGAGCCUUAGCACUGAUAUUUUAUUUGGUUUGCUGAAGAAACUAUUUCUACAGAAGAAACCAUCGGGCAGGAAGACAGACAUGAAAGUGGUGGUGAUGUCCGCCACCCUGGAGGUAGACAAGCUCUCAGAGUUCUUUGGACACUGCUCAGUGCUGCACAUUCCAGGAAGAAGUUACCCAGUAAAGGAGAUAUUCUGCAACCUGCUCAGCCCACGGGACACAGGAAGCUCUGCAUAUGUUACAGAGGCUGUGAAAGUGACAUUGGAUAUCCACUUAAAUGAACCAGAAGGCGACAUCUUGGUUUUCCUGACAGGUCAAAAUGAGAUAGAAAAAGCUUGCGACCUCCUUUUCAAGAAAGCAGAGUCUAUUGAUUACCGGUAUGAAGUACACGAUCGAUCCAUUGAAGGCCUGCUUAUCUUACCAUUAUAUGGGUCGAUGUCAACAGAUCAACAGAAAAGAAUAUUUUUGCCAGCUCCCACAGGCAUUAGAAAAUGUGUGGUAUCCACAAACAUUGCUGCAACAUCUCUGACAAUUGAAGGAGUCAGGUACGUAGUAGACAGUGGAUUUGUGAAGCAGUUGAAUCAUAACCCGCGAGUUGGCUUGGACAUACUGGAGGUGGUUCCCAUUUCAAAGAGUGAAGCAAUGCAGCGAGCUGGCCGAGCUGGCAGGACAUCAUCUGGAAAAAGCUACCGGCUAUACAGCAAAGAGUUCUGGGAGCAGUGUAUGCCUGACCACACGGUCCCAGAGAUCAAGAGAACCAGUCUGACAUCUGUGAUCCUGACCUUGAAGUGCCUUUCUGUGCAUGAUGUCAUAAGAUUUCCUUAUUUGGACCGUCCUGAAGAGAGGCAUAUUUUAGAAGCUCUCAAGCAACUUUACCAGUGUGAUGCUAUUGACAGGAGAGGCCACGUGACAAGACUGGGUGAAUUCCUGGUGCAGUUUCCUCUCCCUCCUAACCUGACCUGUGCUGUCAUAAAAGCCGCUUCUCUUGACUGUGAAGAUAUGCUGCUUCCCAUAGCAGCCAUGUUGUCUGUGGAAAAUGUUUUCAUUCGUCCAGGUGAUCCUCAGAAGCAAAAGGAGGCAGAACUUCAACACCAGGAACUUUCCUCACAAGUGGGAGGUUGCAAUGACUUUGCAACCCUCUUAAAUAUUUUUGAACAGUGCAAAACAAGCAAGUCUCCUUCGGCGUGGUGCCAGAAAUACUGGAUCCAUUGGAGAGCUGUAAAAUCUGCUUUUAGUGUGGAAAAACAACUUCGGGAAAUAGUCAGUAAACUGAAACAGCUGCCUGACUUCCCUAAAGAGACGUUUGAAGGCUCUAGAACAGAAAUACUAAGGAGAUGUCUGUGUGCGGGAUACUUUAUUAAUGUAGCUAGGAGAUCUGCAGCCAGGACCUUCUGCACGAUGGACGGACACGGCAGCAUAGUCUAUAUCCAUCCUUCAUCUACACUUUAUAACCAGGAGACUCGACUUGAGUGGAUCAUCUUCCAUGAUGUCACAGUGACAUCCAAAAUCUAUGUCCGGACGGUGUGUCCUGUUCGCUAUGAGUGGGUCAAAGACUUGUUACCUAGAUUGCAUCAAAUUGAUGCAUAUGAACUGAGCAGUGUGGCACGGGAAGAAGUAACAGAAGAGGAAAUAACCAAGUGGAAACACAAGGAGGACCUUAAAAGGCAUUGUGAAGGAGUCAAAGACAACCCUGCAAAGAAGCUGGAGAAAAGGAAUGAUGAUAAAUCAAUACAGGAUGCCCGAGCUCGCUAUCUUGAGAGAAAGCAGCAAAGAAUACAGGGUUUAAGUGGCCCGUUGAAUGAAAUGGGCUAAUGCUCAUGGCUGGUCUGCUCCCAGGAAUAGGAAAGGCAGUGUGGUACAGUUGUUCUGGGUAUGUUUGCGUAAUGCGGGAUGACUGACUAGGAUGAGGGAGAACUUCUGCUUUGUGGUAUGUUUGGCUGCCGAGGCAUACAGAUGUGAUCCUCACUGCUGCAUUCCACAAGGAAAAGUUACCAAAAUGAAUUUUGUUGCCACGUGUCACAGGCAAUAAUUUCGUGGCUUCAACUGUGGGUGAAGACAUGAUACCUAGUGUGGUGCCAAUUCUGUGGCAUUCAGUUGACUUAGAAAGGGCUCAGUGCCUUCAUUAAUAAAAUUUUCUUACAGCUUUUUUUUUUAAAGGAGCAGAACUGUCCCUUUUUAUUCAUUUUACUUUGUAUGGCUAUAGCUAUACAAUCUUAAUGCUUAUCUGAUGUUCAGGAAAAUGUGUAAAGAGUGCUCUUUUAACGAUGGAGCCAUCUUGAUCUAAAUUCAAAAGGACGUUUGCCACGUGCGUUCUGUUACAGACGUUGUUCCUACUGUGUAUUGUGCUGUACCAUGUACGGUGAUGGCUCUGAGUAAAGAUGUCUUUGUAUGCAAA